AUGUAUGCGCCCACGCCGCCCGCGCCGCGACGGGACUUCAUCUCCGUGACGCUGAGCCUUGACCAGAGCGUCGACGGCAGCAAGACCCGGCGGCGCCGCUCGUGCUGGCGGACAUGGAAGCAGCUGUCCAGGCUCCAGCGGAACGUGAUCCUCCUCUUCCUGGCCUUCCUGCUGUGCUGUGGGCUCCUGUCCUACCUCAGCGUGGCCGACCCGUGGCCAGCCCCGCAUGGCAGGCCGGCGGAGGAGAAGGGGAGGCCCGCACACCCGCCCGUCUUGCCGGCUCCUCGGAAGGCAGAUGCCGACCCGGGACAGGGCCCGCGGCCGCCGCCUCAGAAGCCCCACAGGCACGGGCGGCGGGGCCCCCCCGACCUGCAGAUCAGAGCACCCCGCAGAGACGCGGAGGACGGGCGGCAGGAGGACGGCAGGAGGGACCAGGCGGCGGCGGAGGCUCUGCAGGGAGAAAGCCCGCCCAGGACGGUCGUCAGCUGGCGGGGAGCAGUGAUAGAGCCGGAGCCGGGCACUGAGGCUCCUUCCCGGAAGGCGGAGGCCCCCGACCGGCCCUCCCUGCAGGCCCCCAGGAUUCAGAACCAACGAGCCGCCCCUAACGAGCGCCAGCGGGCCGUCAUCGACGCCUUCCGCCACGCGUGGGCCGGGUACCGCAAGUUCGCCUGGGGCCACGACGAGCUGAAGCCCGUGUCCAAGUCCUUCAGCGAGUGGUUCGGCCUCGGCCUCACGCUGGUCGACGCCCUGGACACCAUGUGGAUCCUGGGUCUGAAGAAAGAGUUUGGAGAAGCCAGGCGGUGGGUGUCCACGAAGUUGCAGUUUCAGAAGGACGUGGACGUGAACCUGUUUGAGAGCACCAUCCGCAUCCUGGGGGGCCUGCUGAGUACCUACCACCUGACGGGGGACGCCCUCUUCCUGCAGAAAGCCGAAGACUUUGGGAACCGGCUGAUGCCGGCGUUCCGGACGCCCUCCAAGAUCCCGUACUCGGACGUGAACAUCGGCACCGGCGUGGCCCACCCGCCCUGGUGGACCUCGGACAGCACGGUGGCCGAGGUGACGAGCAUCCAGCUGGAGUUCCGCGAGCUCUCGCGCCUCACGGGCGACAAGAAGUUCCAGGAGGCCGCGGAGGAGGUGAGCCGGCGCGUGCACGACCUGUCGGGGAAGAAGGACGGGCUGGUGCCCAUGUUCAUCAACACGCACAGCGGCCUCUUCACGCACGGCGGCGUGUUCACGCUGGGCGCCCGGGCCGACAGCUACUACGAGUACCUGCUGAAGCAGUGGAUCCAGGGCCGGCGGCAGGACGCGCGGUUGCGGGACGACUACCUGGAGGCCAUCGAGGGCGUCAGGAGGCACCUGCUGCACCGCUCGGAGCCCAGCAAGCUCACCUUCGUCGGGGAGCUCGCCCACGGCCGCUUCAGCGCCAAGAUGGACCACCUGGUGUGCUUCCUGCCGGGGACGCUGGCCCUGGGCGCGCACUACGGGCUGCCCGCUGACCACAUGGAGCUGGCCCGCGCGCUCAUGGAGACCUGCUACCAGAUGAACCGGCAGAUGGCGACGGGGCUGAGUCCCGAGAUCGCGCACUUCAGCCUGCACGCGCAGAAGGACCAGAAGGAUGUGCAGGUCAAGCCGGCCGACAGGCACAACCUGCUGCGGCCUGAGACGGUGGAGAGCCUCUUCUACCUGCACCGCCUCACCGGGGACCGCAAGUACCAGGACUGGGGCUGGGAGAUCCUGCAGAGCUUCAACACCUACACGCGGGUGCCCUCGGGCGGCUACUCCUCUAUCAGCAACGUCCAGGACCCGCACAACCCGCAGCCCAGGGACAAGAUGGAGAGCUUCUUCCUCGGGGAGACGCUCAAGUACCUGUUCCUGCUCUUCUCCGACGACAUAGACCUGCUCAGCCUGGACGCCUACGUGUUCAACACCGAGGCCCACCCGCUGCCCAUCUGGGGCCCCGCGUAG